CAAAGCAGAAAACAUUUGGUUAUGAUACUGAAAUUCGUUUUGGAAUAAAGAAGAAUUAUUGCAUAACUUGGAAAGCUGUGUAUAUAAAUUUGCUGACAUUCAUAAUACUUUUAACAGAGUCUAAAUUCAUAAGUGAGAUAAUAUUUGCUUAGUAGGUCAAUGGCAAAAAUAUGGAUGGAAGUAGGUUUUUCUUAAGUUAGUAUAAUUUGGGCAUACUUAAAGAAAGUGGUACUCGUUUUCUAUAAAAUAAACAAACUUUCGUAAUAUUUUCAGAGAAAUACAAGGCUUAAUUUCUCUAUACAAUGACAUGUUUUAUGCCGUCGUAGUUUUCAAGAGAUGAUUUUAUUUUCCGUUUGUGAUUCGACCAGAAACUCACGAAAAAAAUCGACCAUACAAAUUUAAGGAUCAAAAUUUUGUUGACAUUGUAUACUUGUAAAUCUUGCAUACUAUUACAAAUUGUUGAACAUGAAAGAAACAAACAUGACUGUCAUUUUGUUGUGCAUAUGGACAUUUGUGACUUUACUAAAUGUUACAUUGACAACAAACAUACAUUGGACAAAAUUUCGUCUUGAAGAUGAAUCUUAUGGAAUCACAUGUUCUUCAUCCGAAUAUCUGUUUAUCCGAAACGACGUUCCUGAUGAGAUGGCUUGCAGCAAAAUAUGUUUCCUACACAAUAAAUGCCUGACAAGUGUGUAUCAACCGGAAGAUGUUCUGUGUAUUGGAUGUGAGGCAAUGAGUUUUCAUCCUUUGCCAAAUGAUCCAAAUUUAUUACAGUAUACUCGAAGGGAUUUCAAUGUUGAUUGCAAAGAUGCUUUUCUACACGCUUUGAAAAACAACAAAAAUGUAGACACUGGUGUAUAUGAAAUAAGACUACUAAGUUUGGAAAUAAUCGAUGUGUACUGUGACAUGACAACUGGUGGUGGUGGUUGGACGGUAAUCCAAAGGCGAAUUAACGGAAGCACAUCUUUCAAUGAAAGCUUUUCGGCGUAUGAAGAUGGGUUCGGCGAUGUAAGAGAUGAAUUCUGGUUAGGUCUUAGAUAUAUACAAGAAGUUACAGACGCACCGAGUGAAACGAGAGUUGUUGAAGAUGGACGCGUCUAUCUAACCAAUUUUAAACUUCUUGGGGAACACUACAUAUUCUCCAACGAUGAAGAUUCAAAAGAAGAAAGUUUGUUCGAAGUUGGAAGUCGAUUUGUAACAUACGACCAGGAUACAACAAUGAAGUGUGCGACUGAAACAGGUGGCGGGUGGUGGUUUCCAGAUAACAAGACAUGUCAAGAGAGAAACCUGAACGGUGUAAAAGUGGCGUUUGGAAUUAAGAUUAAUAAUACAAUAAUGGUGAGAAGAAAAUAAGCAAUAAAACAACAAAAGAAAGUAACCUGAACGGUGUAAAAGUGUUCUAUGGAAUCAGUUUUUAUAAUACUACAAUGAUGGCGAGAAGAAAAUAAAUAACAAAGCAACAAAAACACGAAGAAAUACUUAAUUCAAGGAGUUUUAUUUUAUAAAGUAUUUAUAUUUCAUUUAUACCACAACAACUUAUAAAAGCGCUGUAACGUUUGCAAAUUUAGGGUUAUAUUUUACAGAUGGAAUAAUUAUUCUGGAAAAUUACGGAGUGAACGAAUGGCCUGAUAUUUUAUACAUAAUAUAUUGGCAUAGACGUACAUUAAAUGGAACAUCAUCUCUAAGAUUAUUUCCAGUUCUUUCAUGUUAAAACACAACUGAAUAAUAAACAAGAGGACCAUUAUGGUCAUGAAAUCACUCACCUGAAAAUAGAAACUCUACAUGACAAGGAACAAGUAAUAUUGUAUAUUAUUAACAAAAGCAGACAUAAAAUCGUUAUCUUAAAAGAGUUUUAAGUUUCUACAAUACACAUAUAAAGAAAAUCAAAAACUCCUUGGGCGGAGCCAAUUUUGAUCUCAGGGUUUUUAUUUCAACAAACAUGGUAUACACCUACUAGAAGAUAUUCAUGCUUAAUAUCUAACCUCUAGCUAUU